GCGCGUUUGUGGAAGGUCCCACAGCUGAAAGUGCGACUGGGAACUUCGGUCUGUUUUCCUGCCGCUGACUUUUCUGCUUUUAUUUUUUAUUUUUAAUUUAUGUCUCUAUUCAUUUUAGAGAGAAGGCUCACUCUCGUACCGGAAGUAUGCUCUAUAGGUUUGUUUUUGUUUUCUAUAAGGAGUUGUGACAUGUUAAGGAAAGGAGCUGACAACUGCAGCACAGCUUCUAAUAUUAAUAAUAAUAAUAAUAAUAAUAAUAAUAUUACUAAGAAUAAAACUGAAAAAGCGAGAAGAAGAGCCAAAACCCAGGGCUGAUAUUAUUUUUAGGAAUUUUUUUGUAUGCUUUUUAAUUAUUUUAAAUACUUUUGUAAAGACAAGAGGGUGAAACUCCCGAGGUUGGAGCAGUCUGAGAUAAAGCAGAAAUGCACCCAGAUGCCUUUCAGGCUGCUGUCCAGGUUGAGGGUUUGCCCCUGUCCUGCCCCGAGACCCAGGCAGACCUAGUGGAGGAUGAUCUGGACUACGGGACAAAAAGACAAGGGAAAUACCAUCAGAGUUUGCAGUUACUGAAGCCUUUCAGGAUCACACACAAGCAUCAGCACCCUGUGGAUAAUGCUGGCCUUUUCUCCUUCAUGACCCUGCACUGGCUCACUCCAUUGGCAUGGAAAGCACACAAAGCGUCAUCCCUCGUGAUGGAGGACAUUUGGGGCCUGUCCUGCCACGAAGCCUCCGAAACCAACUUUCACAGGCUGCAGUCUCUGUGGCAUGCCGAGCUGAAGGAAAAAGGCAGAGACGGAGCAUCUCUCCGCCGAGUUUUCUGGAGGUUCUGUCGGACGCGCUUUCUGGUGGCUUUGCUCUUUCUCCUCAUUUUCACAGUGACCUCCUUCAUUGGACCUGCCCUGCUGAUCCGAGCGCUUUUGGAGUAUGCUCAGAGUUCAGAGGUGUGGCUUCCAUAUGGCCUGGCUUUGGUUGGAGGUAUAUUCUUCACCGAGUUGAUUCGCUCAUGGACUAUCGCGUUCGUGUGGGCUAUUAAUUACCGCACAGCUGCACGCCUGCGGGGGGCAGCGCUCACGUUUGCCUUUGACAAAAUCCUACGUCUGCGCAGCACUAAAGACAUCAGCACAGGGGAGCUGAUAAACAUUUGCUCCAGCGAUGGCCAGCGGUUAUUUGACGCUGUAUUAGCGGCUUGCUUACUGGGUGGAGGACCUCUGAUGGGGCUUCUCACCAUGUGCUACAACAUCUACUUCCUGGGACCGACAGCAAUUGUUGGUUCUAUGACCUUUAUCAUCUUCUAUCCAUUAAUGAUGCUGGCCUCGCGGCUGACAGCCCACUUCCGUAAGAAAUGCGUGGUAGUUACAGACCGGCGCGUCAGACUGAUGAAUGAGAUCCUCAGCAGCAUCAAGUUCAUUAAGAUGUACUGCUGGGAAUCAGCUUUCACCAGGAACGUCCAAAAGGUUCGAGCAGAGGAGAGGAAAAUCUUGGAAAAAGGCAGUUUAGUUCACAGUCUCACCACUGGCGUGGCUCCAGUCAUUGUUGUGGUUGCCAGCGUGUGUACGUUCACUCUACACAUGGCUCUGGGCAAUGAUCUCACUGCAGCACAGGCCUUCACCGUCGUAGCCGUCUUCAACUCUAUGACUUUUUCCCUAAAGAUUACACCCUUGGCAGUCCGUGGUUUAUCAGAGGCCACUGUUGCUGUUAAGAGAUUUCAGGGACUCUUUAUGAUGGAGGACCAGGAGGAAAUAUUAGAUAAAAUGGAGGAUCCUGAUAACGCUGUAGAGUUCAGAGACGCCACUCUAGCAUGGAAUAAAGCUCAGCCCCCACCAGCGAAAAGUGUAAAGCCACAGCCGGACCGGAAAAGACGAGGCAUGCGUCAAGUGCUCCGGAGGGAGAAGCUGAGUCUCUAUAUUAACUCAGAGGAUGAGAAAGCAAAAGGCCAGGAGCCCAAUGCUGAGCGUCUCCUCACACACAUGGAGCAGGAGAGCCCACAGAGCACCAUCUCCUCCACCCAGAGCGUGCGUCCACCGCUGCACAAAACCCUGCACCGCGUCCAGCUUUCCGUCCGCAAGGGUGCACUGGUAGGAGUGUGUGGAGCUGUGGGCAGUGGGAAGAGCUCGUUGCUGUCUGCUCUCCUGGGACAGAUGACCUUACUCGGGGGAUCGGUGGCUGCGAAGGGGGGCUUUGCCUACACCACUCAGCAAGCCUGGAUCCUCAACAGUUCCCUGAGGGAGAACAUUUUGUUUGGGAAGGAUUAUGUGGAGGAAAAGUAUAAUGCUGUUCUGGAGGCCUGCUGUUUAAUUCCUGAUAUCAGUGAGCUACCUCACGGCGAUAUGACUGAGAUUGGAGAAAGAGGAGUCAAUCUGAGCGGCGGUCAAAAGCAGAGAGUGAGUCUUGCCCGGGCACUUUACAGUGACAGACCCAUCCUGCUGCUAGACGAUCCUCUCAGUGCCGUGGACGCUCAUGUGGCUUCCCAUCUCUUCCACAAUGCCAUUCGCAGUGCAGCCGGGGAAAAGACUGUCAUAUUUGUUACACACCAACUUCAGUAUCUGGCAGAGUGUGACGAGGUGGUGUUCAUGAAGGACGGGCAGAUUGCGGAGCAAGGCACACAUGACCAGCUGGUGGCCCGAGGUCGUGACUACGCCAUGCUUAUCACCAGUGGACAGCAGGAGAACCUGGUGAGGAAAAACUUGAAAAACCAGCAGGGGGGAGAGGAGACGGACUCGGCGCUGUGCGCUUCUGUCAUCAGUACGGCAGCAAAGCAGCCCACUGAGAGUACGAGAGGCGACCAGCUCAUGCAGGAUGAGGAGAAGGGCCAAGGGGCGGUCACCUGGGCCGUCUACGCCACUUAUAUCAAGGCUGCCGGAGGACCCCUGGCCCUCGUUAUCAAUAUCCUGUUCUUCCUUCUCACCACAGGCAGCAUAGCCUUGAGUGACUGGUGGCUCAGCCACUGGAUCAACCAGAGCAGUGGGAAUAUGACAGUAUUACAGGGGAACGAGACUGUGGUGAGCACUAGCAUGAAACUCAACCCUCACAUUCAGUACUACUCCACCAUCUACGCCCUGUCCAUGGGAGUGGUGAUCUUCUUCAAGAGUAUGCGGGGCAUCGUGCUAAUCAAGUGUACCUUGCGGGCAGCCUCGGCUCUACACGAUAAGCUGUUUAAGACUCUCCUCCUCAGCCCAAUGCGUUUCUUUGAUACAACUCCCCUAGGACGCAUCCUGAAUCGCUUCUCCAAAGACAUGGAUGAAGUGGAUGUGCGCCUGAACAUUCAUCUGGAGCUGCUGCUACAGAACCUCACGUUGGUCCUCUUUUGUCUAGGAGUGGUGAGCGCUGUUUUCCCAUGGUUCCUGUUCUCCAUCAUCCCUCUUGCAGCGUUUUUCUACAUCCUCAGUCACAUCGCCAGUGUGCUGAUUCGUGAGCUGAAAAGGCUGGAGAACAUCAGCCAAUCGCCUUUCACCUCUCACCUCACCAGCAGCCUGCAGGGUCUGUCCACUAUCCAUGCCUACAACAGGGGGCCAGACUUCCUCCGCAGAUAUUGGGAGCUGUUGGACACUAACCAAGCUGCCUUCUACCUGUUUAACUGUGCUAUGCGCUGGCUUGCGGUUCGAUUAGAUCUCAUCAGCAUUAUACUCACUACCGUGGUGGCUCUGAUGAUCGUUAUCAUGCACGGACAUAUCUCUCCGGCGUACUCCGGUCUGGCCAUCUCCUAUGCCGUCCAGCUAACAGGCCUGUUCCAGUUCACGGUGAGACUCCUGUCUGAAAUAGGGGCUCGAUUUACAUCAGUGGAGAGGAUCGAUCAUUACAUCAAGAACCUGGAGAGAGAGGCACCUCAGCAGAUCAAAGAUGCCUCUGCCCCUGCAUCCGAUUGGCCACUAAAGGGUAGCAUCAGCUUCCAGGAUGUGGAGAUGCGUUAUCGGCCCGAGUUACCCCUGGCGCUGAAGAACAUCACUUUCGAUGUUCUCCCAGAGGAGAAAGUGGGCAUCGUUGGCCGCACUGGCUCAGGUAAAUCUUCACUUGGUGUAGUACUCUUCAGACUAGUGGAGCUCAGCGGGGGAUCCAUCAUCAUCGAUGGUGUCAACAUCGCUCACAUAGGCUUGGAAGCCUUGAGAAGCAAGCUGUCAGUCAUCCCCCAAGAGCCUGUUCUCUUCCUUGGUACUGUCAGGUCAAACUUGGACCCCUGGGGCCAGUACACGGACGCACAGGUCUGGGACGCACUGGAGAGAACACACAUCAAAGAGAUGGUAAGCCAGUUACCUCACGGGUUUGACUCUGAGGUGACAGAGAAUGGAGAGAAUUUCUCAGUGGGGGAGCGGCAACUACUGUGUGUGGCAAGAGCGCUGCUCAAACACAGCAAGAUUUUGGUUUUAGACGAGGCAACAGCAGCCAUUGACACAGAGACAGACCGGCUGAUUCAGGACACAAUCCGCACCUCUUUCAUAGGCUGUACCAUGCUGGUCAUCGCUCACCGCCUCAAUACUGUCCUCACAUGUGACAAAGUUCUGGUACUGGACCAGGGUCAGAUCCUGGAGUUUGACAGCCCAUCAAAUCUGCUGGCCAACCAGAGCUCGUAUUUCCAUGCCAUGGUGGAGGCGAACAAGACUGUCGGCCAUUCGGGGGGAAUCUGAGCAGAUGUUGGGCACACCGCUGGGCACAAGACUGAGCUCUCUGCCAAACCUCACCUCAUAGCAUGAAGCUGCUGGACAAGAAGAUACGUCUGGUGAUUAGAUCAGUGGACAUGUUAUUGUCCUGCGCUGAGCAGUAUUUUCAACUCACGAAUGAUUGUUUAUGGUUAUUAGUCUGCUGUAACGGAGGCUUGUAAUGGUCAUAUGAUCUCAGUUAUAAUAAUAAGUUCAGUUUUUUUAGAAUCUCUAUUCUUAGAGUGUGUGAGAAAUGAGAACAAUUUCAGUUAUAAUCAUUUGUGCUGCCUGCAUAAUACCAAUUUUUACAAAUAAGGUGCUUAUGAUGCAGACGGAAGCAAAAUUUUGCACAAGAAUAAAAAGUAUUAAUGAGCAGUGGCCUUUCAGGUACUUAGGAAAUUUGCAAUAAACGUCCGGGUCUUUACAAAAGCUGCAAAAAUGCACAUGCAGUGCAUUCGUGAAGUAACCCGAGAAAAAGAAAGAAAGAAAAAAAGCACGGGUCAGUCAUUCCAUUGAAGGUCAACACUUACAAAGCAGAAGCAGGUCUCUGGUGGUUUGCUCAUAAUCUGCUUCAUGUUGUGCCUAACGCAUUGUGCAAUCAAGGUCUGUGUUUUCCGGAGAUGGAACGCUGCAGCUGGAAUUUUAGCUACAGCUUUUUCUUUUUUUCUAGUGCUUUGAGAUUCUUAGUGCCGUCCUGGUUUUCGGCUCUGUUCUGCCGCUGUUCUCAAAUGCGGCGGCUAAAUCGGGACGUUUAAAAUGAGUCGGUCCUCUCAGGAUGACCGGAGUCUGUAGGGGCUUUCAUGGGAAGCUCUAAUGAAUCCUGUACAAAAAAUAAAAUUACAAAUCCACCUGACAUCUGCAACGUGCACAGAAAACAUGUUUUGUAUAUGGAAUCUCAAUAGCCCCAUUAGAGUCGUUCUUUAUUAAGCGAAAACAUCGCAUGUGUGUCAGUUGCUAAAAUCGCACAACGAAUAGAGUACAUGUACGAGGCCAUUCUUCUCUUUGCCCUGCUUCGAUAUUCAGAUAUUCCUCUGGGAGAGGCAAGCUGAAUGUUUAAUUACACUGAGGACAAAAGCUAUUUACUAUACGGUUGUUGUUUAUAUCCGAAAUUAGACAAAUGGAGUUGCUUUCUGUUGGACUGAAAUCGUAUUGAAAUGUUCUUGUCUUUUUUUGUGGGGGUGGGUUUUACACAUUUGUCAUAAAA